AUGUCAUCCCGAUUUUUCCACGGCGAUAGCUCAAGCGACAGCAGCAGCGACGAGGAGGAGCUGUACAGUGACGAGGAGAAACAGCAAAAGGCCGAGGAUAGCGAGGAGGAAUCCAGCGAGGAAGAAGAUGAGGACGAGGAUGACGAUGACUCCAGCAGCGACGAUGAGGGCGGUCGGACUGGUGCUUCGCGGUUCUUGCGUGAAGCAUCCGACGAGUCCGAGGACAGCGACGAGGAGCGAGUAACCAUCGUGAAAUCUGCCAAGGACAAGCGUUUCGACGAGCUGGAGGGCACGAUCCGUCUGAUCGAGAAUGCUGAGAAGAUCGGGGACUGGAAUGCCAUCAACGAGCAAUAUGACAAGGUGAAUCGCCAGCUGCCCACUCUGAUCCGCGAUCUGGACGGGAAGCCGCCCAAGAUGUACAUCAAAACCAUCGCCGAGCUCGAAACCCACGUCGCCGAGGCAUUUGAGAAGCAAAAGGUCACACCCAAGAAGAUGAAUCCGAUUGCGCAGAAGGGCUUGAAUGCGCUGCGCCAGAAGAUCAGGAAGAACAACCGAGACUACGCCACUGAGAUCGAGGAGUUCAGAAAGAGCCCAGUGGAGUACAUGAAGGAGGAGGUGGUCGAGGAGGCUGCGCCAGUAUCGAAGAAGUCCAAGAAGGCCCAGUUGCCAACCGCCGAGCAGAUCGAGGCGGGCGAUGAUGGAUUUACCAUGGUGGGCGCUGGUGGCAAGGCCAUGGUCUACACUCCAGAGAGCAUCCUGAAACACUUGCGAUCGAUUGUCGAGUCCCGAGGCAGAAAGAAUACAGAUCGUCUGGAGCAGAUCCGGACAAUGGAGAAGCUCCUGGAUGUCGCAGUCAAUGACUACCAGCGGGUGCGUGUUCUCUUGACCUCGAUCGCUACCCGCUUCGAUCUUACUUCUGGCACCGGUUCGCAAAUGUCUCAGGAGCAGUGGAAGCUGGCUUCGCAAGAGAUUGCCCACCUCCUCAAUGUGUUGGAAACGAACCGCGACAUUGUCGUUGUUCCAGAAGGCGCAGAAGAGUGGGAAGAUGACGAGAAGCAGCCCACAAUAACUGCUGGCGAGCUUUUCAAGGUGCCUGGCAGCAUUGUCUCCUUCGUCGAGCGUCUUGACGAUGAGCUCACGAGGGUGCUACAACACGUCGAUCCACACACUGCAGAAUACGUCGAACGACUCUCCGACGAGACUGCCCUGUACACCAACAUUGUGCGUGUCAUGAUCUAUGCUGAGCGAUUAAAGGCUGUGCCCAAGCUGGAGACUGCUCAGGACAACAUCAACCGCGUGGUAAUGCGCCGUCUGGAGCACGUCUAUUUCAAGCCUUCCCAAGUGGUCACCAUUCUGGAGGAGAAUAGCUGGAAGGACAUUGACAACAAGCUCGACUCUUCCAUCACGCCUCGCACACAGGCCAAGGACGUCACGACACUCGUGCAGACUCUUGCAUCGUAUCUCUUCAAAUACGCCGAGGGAAUCCUCAAGGGCCGGGCCAUGCUCUGCCAAAUCUAUCACCUGGCACUGCACGACCAGUACUACAAGGCCCGAGACAUGAUGCUCAUGUCACAUCUGCAAGAGACGAUCAGUGCCUUCGAUGUCAACACUCAGAUCCUCUACAACCGAACGCUGACUCAAGUCGGUCUUUGCGCCUUCAGGGCUGGCCUCGUCUACGAGUGCCAGACUGCUCUUCAAGACAUUUGUGGCAGCCAGCGCCAGAAGGAACUCCUGGCUCAAGGUCUGCAAAUGCAGAGAUACUCUCAGAUCACCCCGGAACAAGAGCGCUUGGAGAGGCAGAGACAACUGCCGUUCCACAUGCACAUCAACUUGGAGCUCUUGGAGUGCGUCUACCUGACAUGUUCCAUGCUUCUGGAAAUCCCUACUCUCGCACAGUCCGGCAGCUCGCCUGACCUGAAGAAGCGCGUCAUUUCGAAGUCCUACCGACGCAUGCUGGAGUACCAUGAGCGCCAGAUCUUUACCGGCCCACCAGAGAACACGCGCGACCACGUCAUGCAAGCCUCCAAAGCGCUUGCAGCUGGUGAGUGGAAGAAGGCGGCCGAGUUCAUCAUCAGCAUCAAGAUCUGGGACCUGCUACCCAAGGCAGCAGAGAUCAAGGAGAUGCUCGAGCAGCAGAUCCAAGAAGAAGGCCUACGGACAUAUCUCUUCACCUACGCACCAUUCUACGAUACCCUCAGCAUCGACAAGUUGGCGGGCAUGUUCGAGCUCGAGCCUCGCAAGGUCGCUGCCAUUGUCUCCAAGAUGAUCCACCAUGAAGACCUCGCUGCGGCGCUCGACCAGGUCAACGGCGCCAUCAACUUCCGCAAGGGCGUCGAACUCAGCCGGCUACAGAGCUUGGCUCUCACCCUCAGCGACAAGGCACAGAACCUCAUCGAGAACAACGAGCGUGUUCUCGAACAGCGGACACAGGGCACUGCCAACGCCUUCGAGCGACAAGGUGCUCAGCGCGGAGGCCGUGGCGGCCGGGGUGGCGCGAGAGGUGGCCGUGGAGGCGGUGGCGGUGCGCCGCGGCGGGGUGGCGGCUCUGGUUUCACGGGUGGUGCGCUUGGGAAUGCUAUUCGGGCGCAGUAA